CCCGCCGGUUCCGGCUGACGUCAGCGCGCCGACAUGGCGGCUGGUGGCGCGGACAAGUUCUCGGUGCUGCUGCCCACCUACAACGAGCGGGAGAACCUGCCCCUCGUCGUCUGGCUUCUGGCGCGCACCUUCCAGGAGAGUGGAAACAAUUUUGAAAUUAUCAUCAUAGAUGAUGGAAGCCCAGAUGGGACGCAGGAAAUUGCUGAACAGUUGGAAAAGAUAUAUGGAUCAGAUAAAAUACUUCUAAGACCCAGAGCAAGAAAGUUGGGCCUCGGCACUGCUUAUAUUCAUGGAAUGAAGCAUGCCACUGGGAAUUUUAUUGUUAUUAUGGAUGCUGACCUCUCUCACCAUCCAAAAUUUAUUCCAGAGUUUAUCAGAAAGCAGAAAGAAGGCAAUUUUGAUAUUGUAUCUGGAACAAGAUAUAAAGGAAAUGGAGGAGUAUAUGGCUGGGAUUUGAAAAGAAAACUAAUCAGUCGUGGUGCCAAUUUUCUAACUCAGGUUUUGCUGAGACCAGGUGCAUCGGACUUAACAGGGAGUUUCAGGUUAUACAGAAAAGAAGUCUUACAGAAACUAAUGGAAAAAUGUGUUUCUAAAGGAUACGUCUUCCAGAUGGAGAUGAUUGUUCGGGCUAGACAGUUAGGAUAUACUAUUGGAGAGGUUCCUAUUUCAUUUGUGGACCGUGUCUAUGGAGAAUCUAAACUGGGAGGCAAUGAAAUAGUCUCCUUCUUAAAGGGACUCUUGACCUUGUUUGCUACAACGUGAUAGUUUAUCCUAAAUUAACUUUUUUAGAAAAACAUUUUCUGACAUCUGUGUGGUUUUUAAUAUAUAAUAGCAGAAGCUUGAUAAUUAGUGUGGUGACCAGAAGACCUGCUAUAAACUAACAAUUAAACAAACCACCAAUAAUAAACUAAAAUAUAUUGUAUCCCAAAAUGCUCCUUUCAAAAUAAGUGGAGUGUAUGUUGAACUAAAAACUAAUAAAGACUAAUGCUCUAUUCUAUUUUUGUAAAAAAAAAAAAAAAAAAGAAGUCUUAAUAAAGAACACAAAGCUAAAUGAUCUUUUGCAUUUAGAAAUGAAUCAUUAUUCAGCAGAAGCUAAAGAUGAUUUUGAAAUAAAGCAAGGACAUAAAAAGAAUUACAGAAUUUCUUAUCUUUGUUCUGUGGUUUGCAGAGAUUAUUUUAAAUAUAUACCAGUUAGUUCCCUUGCUUUUCUCAAUACAUAUAUAUAUACAUGUAUCUUAAAGCAGAUAAAUAGAAGAGUUUCUACAGAACUGAUAAUAGCUUGUAUAGUUUAAGAGGAAAUACAGAUGAGUACAGUGAUUUGUUCUUUGUAAAUUUUUUCCUAGACUGGAAAGAAGGAAUGUUCUUUGGAUAAGAAGGAGAAUUGUAUGUGUGGAAUAAUUUUGUAUUCUGUGCGUUUGUCCAGAAGCAGAUAAUUCCCUUUUCCUGUUUUAUUUAGAAACUAAACAUUUUUAGAAUCUAUAAAACAGGAGUAUGACACCUCAACCAACUUUAGGGUGACAGAAGACCCAAUACACCUCACUGAAGACAUUUGAGAAAUUUUUCUUAUGUCAAAUAACAGUUUGCAAUGUAAAAUCUGUAUUUGUUCCAGAUCCUGAUCAACAAAAUACAAACAGAGGUAACACUA